CGUACGCGAUGCACGGCGUGAUGCCGGCGGGGUGGGCUCCGCAAGACCCGCUAUUAAACCCCCAUCGGCUGGCACAUCAGGCAUCCACCUCCAAGCGCAUCCACCUCCGUUUGACUCACUCUAGCAGAGGCCAUGGGUGAGAACAGCAGGUUAACUGGGGUGAGAAAGAAGGGGGAUGGCAAGUUCGCCGCGGCGAUCAGCCACCCGGUGACGAAGACGUUGUUGUGGCUGGGGACGUACUCGUCCCCCGAGGUCGCUGCGUGCGCCUAUGACCUCGCGGCUAGGGAGCUCAAGGGCGCAAAGGCUAAGCUCAACUUCCCCUACCCUCCGCCGGCCAGACUGGUUAAGGAGGUGAUUGCUGCACCGAGGCACCGCAGCCACGGUCACGACGCACCACUCUUUCAGGUCGUUACGUUGCCACCGGACCCGACGGCACCGCCUCCAUCCCCGCCCAGGCUCGUGGUUUACUUUCCCUUCUCCUUUGAAGCGCCCGCGGGCGACUCAGCGCCGGUGCCGGCAUACCCGUUCCUGCAGAUGCCGCCUUCGGCACGAGCACAUCUCAGCCUGCAGCCGGCGCACGUGCACGUGCCUGUUCCAGAGCCACAGCCGCCGAUCCGACGGAUGCAGAUUGUGACGCAGGCGGAAAGCUGCUUAAGCACCUCAAUUGAACCCAUAGGGGCUUCUUCGUCUCACAAUUUGGUGUUUAAGAAACCCAAGUUGUUCGUCGUUCCCGUCACCCCUAGUGCUCCAACAGAAGGGAGUGGUGACAAUUUCACCAAGCCAUGGUAUUUCCCUAAUUCGCCUGCGGUUUAGCCUAGGCCGUGCGCAAUAUGCACCCAUAGUUGUGUGCCAUCAUAAUCCAGACGCCAGAGGCAAUCUGAAUCUAUCUAUCAUAUAAGUUUUUAAUUACAAGUGGACUUUUCAUUGUUGUUCUUGCGUGUCGCUACCAUGUAUAGGUUUUACUAUGGUGUUGUUUAUCAUCAUGUUGUUUGCUUUUACCAAUCAUGUAAUCCGUUCACUCUUGUCUUGUGUUUUGUUUUGGUGUGGGUGCACUCUUAUGUUACCAUAAUGUGUUUUGAGUACAAAUCAUCUAAUCAGGUUACUCCAUCA